UUCUGUCCUCGAAGAUAAUAGACAUACCUAACUAAAGCUAAUUAAGUACACACAUAACCUUUCUGUAAUUUCUAGCAAAAGAAAUCUAGAAAUUAAGGCUGAUAAUUAAAAAGAAAAGAGUUAAUUAUUUGGGAAUCUUCAUAUUCUUGUAUAUUGCCGUGAGGAAAACAUCAUUGCCCCUUAACCCACAUUAUUAUUCGAUAAGAAAUGCAAAAUUGUGAUAUUACCGAAGAUUUAUUUUGUUAUUAAUAAUCCUGGCAAGAAGAUUAAUCAUUUAAAACAUCGCCAAUACGCAGCUUCAUAGUGUGUGUGAGUUUCAAUUUGGAAGAUAAAAGACACUUAUGUUCAGACGACACGGAGACACCAAAGUUUUACAUGGUAGCUGUAAUAAACAAGCAUAUCCGUAUUUUCGAUGUAGCGAUGGUUGCAAGGAAACUAGACAUUUAUAACUAUGUAAGUUGUCUCUGCAACAGAAAAAAUUUCAGUUGCAUUGAUCUCGCAAGUGAAAAUGAUCAUGGAGUAGUUUUUUUAGCUCAUGGGCUUGGCUAGCUUUUGAGGCAUAAGUAAUAAUAAGGUCAGAAGUUGACAUGAUUAGGAGAGGAUUUCUUUCUUCAACUGAGCUUGCCUUCCUGCACACAACAAUCUUCUUGUUUCAUGUCUUGUUAUCAGAUGGUUUCCCUUCACCAAAUGGCACAUCAGGUAACUGUGUUUUGGACUUCAAGAAAUUCCCUUACGAACCAACCGGUGAGUGCAUAGGCCACCAGGAGAAAAUCAAGGACUGGAACAGCUUCAGCACAACAUUAUGCUGUCGUAAUCUGCUCAACGAUCUGACCAAACUCUUAGCCUCGCGUGCAAUAUCGAACACAAAUGUUGACAUCUUGCUUCCAAAAGAUCAAUGGAUGGAAUGUAUCCAUGGCUUUCCUGGACAAAACUCUGUAUCACCGGCUUCUUGUGGCUUUGAUGACCUCUACAGUGAGAGCAGUGCUUGCUCGAGAUUUUCUUUGUCAUCGAUAACGGAACAGUGGUAUUACAAAAAUGCAUUAGCCUCGUGUACGAAUUUUAGUUCUUCAUACGAUUAUGGGUGUAGCAGCUGCAUAGAGGCAAUAUCCGAUUUGAGGGAUUAUCAGUUAAAAAUAUCGAAUGUCAGCGCUAAUGACAAGAAGGCAAAAAUAGUAUGUGGGGUGGCAGUUCUUAUUUCUGUUGUGGCUGAAAAUUUGAAUAAUAGCGCUUGGAUUGAUGAUUUCUACAGGUGUUUGCCAGCGUCAGAUGCAUUCAAUGAAGGCUACAUGCAAAUCAAGUAUUCUCUGGUGAAAGUGAUAUUUGCUAUUUUUAUAGCAAUCAUCACAUUGUUGCUGGUCUUUCUUCUGAUAAAAUACGUGAGCAAGGGCAAGAAGAAGCGUCCUAAGCCUGUAACUCAAUCUAAAGAGAUCACCAAUUGGUCUGGCUUAUAUAGAUUCUCCAAGGCUGAGAUUGAGAAUGCCAUUAAACACAGCAAGGUGAGGAAGAGCCUAGGGAGAGGAAGCGCUGGGGAAGUUUACAAAGGUGUUCUACCAAGUGGCCAAGCAGUAGCCAUCAAGCACAUUCAUAAGAGCAACUCAUGUGAUUCUUUCCAGAGGGAAGUUGAAGGGCUUUCCAGGGUUAGGCAUCCAAAUCUUGUUUGUCUCUUUGGUUGCUGCAUCGAAGGAGACGACCAAUAUCUUGUAUAUGAAUAUUGUGCAGCUGGGAAUUUGUCUCAACAUCUCCUAAGUAAAGAUACUGUACUGACAUGGGAAAGAAGAGUUAAGAUCCUAAGAGACUGUGCUCUUGGAUUGAGAUACCUUCACCAUUUUAUAGAUGGCUGCAUUGUCCACAGAGACAUCAAGCUCACCAACAUCCUUCUGACUGAGAAUUUGGAGCCAAAACUCUCAGAUUUUGGAUUGGCAAAGAUGCUCGGCAUGGAAGAAAGCAAAGUUUUCACGGAUGUUAGAGGAACAAUGGGCUAUAUGGACCCAGAAUAUAUGAGCAAUGCCAAACUAACAUGUGCCAGUGACAUCUAUAGCUUUGGUAUUGUUACUCUUCAACUAUUGUCUGGGCAAAAAGUAAUCGAGUUGGAUCUUGAUUCCAGAGAUCAGCUCACCAGAAAGGCCAAGGAUGCCAGUGCAGGAAAACGUCCGUUAACAGAUUUUGAAGAUCCAAGGCUCAACGGAAAGGUCAACAGCGUUGAUUUUGAAGCCAUUUUGCAAACUGCUGUCCUCUGUGUUUCAAAAUCAAGCAAAGGUCGCCCGACUAUUGAUGAUGUCUUUGAAGUGAUAGAGAAGGCUUGGAAAAACACACUAGCAGAGAUGAAAGCAAAUCGAGAGAUGGUCUCAUCAUUGUCAAGAUCUUUGGAAGCGAUACCCGUGUAAAGAAAUCAGGCGAAGGAUGAAGCUCAACGAGGGUGGCGCCCUUGUUUUGUUUGUAAACUAUGAACUAGUAAAACGAGGGUGUUGAUCAUAAAUAAAGACGAGAUAUG